AUGGCACAAAAAGCUGCUCUCGUCACUCAUGAUGCAGCUCUAGGGCACGAAGCCGCACUUCUUCUGGUGCAUCAUCCCGAACACCCUCAAGGAGCCCGGUCGUGUCGACGCCGCGCUCGUGCUCGACCAGCUGAGGUGCGACGGAGGGCAUCCGCAUCGCGCGCCGGCUACCCGGACCGCCUCCCAUUCAUCGAGUUCUGCCUGCGGUACGAGGUACUCGCCCCGGGAAUCAUCUUCCUUCCUCCCGGCUACGUGCACGGCCGCAAGGCGUGCCUGCGCAUGGUUGACGCGCUCGAGCUCUACGAGUCAAUCUUCCGCAUCGGGACGCCUAAGAUCUUCUUCAAGGCGGGCGUGCGCAGCGAAGGGGCGCGCUGCUGCUCGACGUCUUCUCGCGACUGCAGGCCGUCGCGCGCAAGUCCCCUGCCGGACUCAACGCACGGAUCUACAGAGAGCUGCGCGGCUUGCCCUGCUGGAAUCUCUACACAAAAGAAAGAAGGCAAUUCGGCCGCGCAGCUUCCGAUUGUGAUGGCGGUCUCGUUCUGGGUUCGAACGCUCCUGGCUGCGACGCGGAACAACGACGAGCUCAGGCGGAAGGAGGCGGAGCUCAUUCUUGCGGAGGAGCGCGCGGUGCGGGGCCAGCGCGAGCGCGAGGCCCUCGAGAGUGUCAAUGUCAGGAACGUGAAAGCUACACGCGUCUCGAAGAGUCGUCCAACAACGCGCGACUCAGAUGGAGGUCGAGGACCAGCGUCGCCAGCUGCAAGAAUUGACCGCCCCAAGAAGCAGCUGCAAGGGGAGGUCAAUGCCCUGAAGGAGCGUCUGUAUGCGGAAAUCCUUGCAAAGAACGACGAGAUCGCCAUCAAGCGUAGUCUUCAAGCCCGAUUGCAACGGCUGGAGAUCACCUCUUCCGCCACGGCCACCAUUCAUUCUGAACUCCAAGAAGCAAUCGACGCAUAUAAGACGAAGACGGACGAGUACCUUAAGCGAUACGAAGAAGUCGAGAUCAAGCCCGCCAAGGCAGCUCGCGCGGAGCCGUUCGCUCGGCGCGCGCUGGCUGACGCCGAGAAAGCCCGCGCUGAAGCUGAACUCGAACGCAAGCUUGAAGAAGACCGCGAGUCGUCUGAUCUUGCAUUCUUGCGCCAGCGUCUUGCGGAAGAGAUGAAGGACGAGGGUAAGCAGCACCAGCAAGACAUAGCAAAACGAGACUACGCUGUGGACCAGACCGGCAAGAAGCAUCAAGCCGAACUUGCACAACUGAGCGAAGAGUUGCAGUCGCAACGAGAUACAAUGAGUCGCCUUCGUGAGGAGAGCCGUAGGCUUCGCUCCGAGUACGACGAGCUGCAAUUGCGUUAUGACGACGAGGUUUACACUGGUGGUUCAUGGAAGAAGGACAAGGAGCGUCUCGGGACCAAGAUCCAAGACGUCACGAAGGCGUACGAUGCGUCUGUUGCUGCCCAAGCAGAGCAGCAGUCGCAAAUUGUCUCCCUUCAUUCUCAAGCCCGCGAGCUUCGCAGCGUACUCAACGACGCGGAGACCGAUCGCACGCUUCUACCGAAAGCUCGCCGAGCACUGCAAGCAGAGCUCGAGGCUAUCAAGAUGGAUCACGUCGAUACAAACAGGAUGUCGUCGGAUACGGAGGUGCAACGGCUGCGUCUGGAGAAACAGGACCUUGAGCGUUCCCUCGAGGAGCAGGGCGAUCGCGUCUCGAUGGCCUUUGAGCGGAUGAAGAAGGCGGAAUCAUACGCGAACGAGUGCCAGAUCGAACUUGGAAAGAUCAGAGUGGAGAACUCUGAACUUGAUAAGAUGAAUGCCAACCUCGAGAAGCAGGUCAAGGAUCUCAAUCUACGAAUCGUCGAUCUCGAGACCAGGUCGCUGAAUGCGCCUCGUCCUGCGACUGGCUCGAGACGGUUGGAAUCCAGGAUCGAGGAACUCACAAGCCAACUCAGUCAAUCAACGAAGGACACUUCGCGAAUCCAUCGGACGACCGAUAAGGCUCUGCAUGACUCGGAACGUCAGCGUUCACGUCUGGAAGAAGAGGUGAAGAACUACGAGUCAAAAAUCGUUUCCAUGCGCCAAACAAUGGAUGAGCUCCAAACGUCAGAGAACAACCUACAACUCGCCAAGCGUCGUGCUGAGCGUGAGGCGGCAGAUUUCAAACAGAAGUCUCUGAACCUCGAGCGCGAAGUAGAGCGCUUGCGGAGUCGUCUCGAACGUCCGUCCAGCACAUUGCUUGGUUCGCCCGUCAGCUCUCCACGCAAGCCAUGA